GCACUGAGCUCCACACACCACGCACAGACACACUCACACACAGAGUGCAUUUUAAAACCUGAUGGCGCCAACCGUGGACACUGGUUUGAUUUAAAACGCGCAUGGAUACCAGAUUAGAGUCAUUCUGGCUCCGGAAAUGAAUCAGUCUUAGAGACAUGGAUGAGAGUCAAGGACAUCGGUUAGUAAAAGUUGUUUGAACUUGCAGGAUCAGAGAGAGAGAGAGAGAGCGCGCGCUCGCUCGCUCGCGGCUUGGUGCGCAUGGAGCGCGCGUUCGUCAGGGGGAUUAUUUCGCCGCGUGGGCUUUUACGCAUCUGGUGAAUCAGGGUCGCGUUUAAUGAACCCCUGCUGUUGUUCUUUCACUGCCGCUGGAUUUAUUAUUGUUAUUAUUUUAUUUUUUUUCGUUCUGAGAAGCCGUUCAAAUGCUGGAAUGGAUCGGCGCUCUUUGUGUCCUCCUCUUGGUGGCCGUGGUCUGGCCAGCGCUCAAAUAUUCAGCGGCAAAGGGUUUACCGGGGCCUGAACCCGCACCGGGAGAGAGGAGCGCGUCGGAGUGUGGGACCGGGACGGAGCCCGCGAAGCCUGCAGGUGAAUCCCCAGCCGCCGUCGCGUUCAUCUGCAAGCCCUCGGCGCUCGCCAAAUACCUGCUGAGACACUGCACGAGUUUCUGUAGGUCCGCGCCGAAGAGCCCGCUGUGGCACUGGCGGGCGAGUCCGAGUCUGCAGACGCUUUGGGGCGCUCUCUGGCCGCACGACUGCGCCGUGCAUUUCAUCCGAGAUUAUUUACAGCUGAGUGACGACGGCCUGGUGGCUUUAGACUGGGCUGUUGUUGGUCCUAAGAGGAGGAGGACUUCGAGCUAUUCCUCUAGUCCCAUCCUUCUGAUCAUUCCCAACUCUUUCGGAAAGCUCACCAGGAACGUCUUGAAGCUCUGUGAGGCAGCUCUGAGUCAUGGCUACCUCCCUGUGGUGUUUAACCGCCGCAGUCAGAAUGGUACACCGCUCAGCACCGUCAAACUACAAGAGUUUGGUGACCCAGCCGAUCUGCGCGAGGCAGUACGCUACAUCCGCUACCGCCAGCCUGCUGGCCGUCUCUAUGCAGUGAGUGAGAGCACCGGCUCAGGCCUACUCUUGUCCUACCUGGGCGAGUGCGGCUCUUCCAGCUAUAUGACCGCUGCUGCUUGCCUGUCGCCCAUCUUCCGUUGUCAGAACUGGUUUGAGAAUGGUCCUGGCUGGCCCUUCCACUGGAUACUUCUUCUCUAUCAGAAGAUCUGCCUGAGCAGGUACAGAACCGUGCUGGGGGAGCUGGUCCAUAUCGACAACCUGUUCUCCAGCCGCUCACUCGGAGCGAUGGAAGAGGCACUGUUCUGUCACUCUGGUUCCGUGGCGAAGGAGCCACCGGCCGAAGGAGCCUGGGAGGCGUAUUGGGAACGCAACGAGGCACUGAGGGAUGUGGACGAGGUGGCAAUCCCUGUGCUGUGCGUGUGCAGCCGAGAUGAUCCUAUCCGCGGUGAAACUUUGGCCACGCUACCUCUCGAGCUGUUCGAGAGCAAUCCCCACUUCUUCCUGCUAUUGACGGAAAGAGGAGGCCACUGUGGCUUCUCCACUGCCAACGAAGGCCCUGUGCUCUGGAGUCACCAAGCCCUUCUUGAGUUCUUCAGGGCUACCAGUGACUUCUUUGCAGCAGAAGAGCGGGCCAAGCUAAGUGCCAGGCGCCGCGCUGUGAACGUAGGUGCCAAGGCUUUCCGCCAUCGCAGUGUGAGCACCUAUAAAAGGUUACCGGUUUGCUCACACAACAUCCACACCAUCUACAACUGGCAGAGGUCAUACACCAGAUGAUGAUUGCUUUGUUUAGUUGUUUUUUUGCUUUUUACAAAUAAACAUAAGAAUGUACCAGGAAUACAUAAGAAUUGGCAGAGAUAUUCAAAUAUCUGUAUACUCAAGACUGUAUGAGUCGAGCACUUUACUGUAAGAUAAAGAAGUAGUCAUGUAACAGGGCUCUAUGUUCGACAAAUUACUGUACAUGAUGCUUCCUGUAUCUCAGUCCCAUGUCUAUUUUUUAUUAUUAUAAUUUUUUUUUUUUUUACAUUUAUCUGGAUGGUGGCUGGUCUGUUGUUGAUCUCACUGCCAUUACAACAUCCUGCAUGUACAAUGAUAAACGCAGAAUUUUUCAUGAAGUAAUGCUCUCAGUAUGUGCAGCUUCUGGAAGAUGGAGUAACGAGCUGUGACGUUAUCAUGAGGUCAUUACGUUCACGUUAUAAUUCUGUAUAAAGACUGCUGGGAUAUUUAUAAUUGCCUUGUAGGAUCUUAUGGUGUGUGUGUAGUUGUUGGACCUACUGGGGUUUUGUAGACCACACUAUGGUUGUGGGGUUGUAUCGUACGGCUUGCGAUGGGUCGAACUAGUGUGGUUUGUUUGUUUGUUUGUUUUUUUACUGAUAACACUGGUGUGCCAGGCUUUUUUAAUUUUCACAAUUUGUAAAACAAUGUUACUUUUUCUUUGUUAAAUUAUAUACAUGCAUUAAUUAAAAGAACUGAUCUGAAAUCAAA